AACACCUUUGCCACACAACUUUUUCAGUCAGAGUUUAACAUGUGCAAAGGCUAAACUUGGACAUGCAUGUGUGCGCGAAAUAGCCUAGUUCAGCCUGCUGACCUAUCUGGUAGCCUUUUCUAAGCCACAUUCGAGGUUUUCCAAAUGUGGUCCAGUGUCGUGAAGUUUGAAGAGGAACGCGACGUACCUUUAGGAAAUGUGAACGAUUUAACUGAUGACUCGCCGAAAGUGUAUGUUUCUAAGUUAAGGGAUAGAGCAGAGCAAGAGGCAAACCUUGCAUGUGAACUGCAUCUUUCAGAUCACUUUUUAGUUAGGUUUCUUAGGGCUAGAGAUUUUGAUGUUGACUUAGCAUUUAAGUUACUGGUGAACUACGUUAAAUGGAGAAAAGAGUGUCCCGAAAUAGCAUCAAAUCUGCACCCAUCAUCAGUGUUGGGUCUUCUACAGAACAAUUACCAUGGCGUACUUCGGUCUCGGGACUACACGGGAAGCAGAGUUCUAAUUUAUCGAAUAGGGCGUUGGAAUCCCAAGCAUUUCACUGCAUAUGAUGUAUUCCGAGUCAGCCUCAUCACAUCAGAACUGAUAGUACGGGAGACGGAAACGCAAAGACAUGGACUCAAGGCUAUUUUUGAUCUUCAAGGAUGGUGCUUUUCACACGCUCUUCAAAUAACUCCCUCUUUGGCUAAACAUAUUUCAUCUGUACUCACGGACUCAUUCCCUUUGAAAGUGCGUGGAAUCCAUUUAGUAAAUGAACCUGUCUUAUUUCGUCCAGUGUUUGCAAUGAUCAGACCAUUCCUUCCAGAAAAAAUCAAAGCACGGAUUCACAUGCAUGGCAGCUCAUUUAUGCAGAACCUGUGUGAGGUCUUUCCCCCAUCCAUCUUGCCUCCAGAGUACGGUGGCACUGGGCCUGCCAUAGAGGAGUUGUGUCAGGAGUGGGUCCACUUCAUUAUGGAAUCAGAGGAACUUCUCCACAGACUGUCUAUUAAUGGUGGGAGUUAUGAAAAAUAUGAGUAAAAAUAAAGCAUAGGCAUAAAGCAUGUUUUCAUAAAAAUGCAAAUGCCGUUGGGCAGCAGGUUGCAGGUGCAGCAGGCACACAAAACACAAGGAGCUGUGGCUGCAUAAGAAGCACUCAAAACCACUUACAGCCUAUACAAAAUGCAUACUGUCAGAUCACCCCCUAAUUGUCCUCUCAUGUGUUUCCAUAUCAACAAUCAAUUUUAAGAGUGACCCCUUUUCUGUCCAUUUCAUACGGUAGUCUUUUUUGUCGAUAUCAGCUUUCACCAAAUGUGCAAAUGAUUGCCAAAAUUAACACAUAGAAUACAGAUGGGGCACUCUGUCCAGUCAGUGACGUGACGCCUACAUUUUUACUUCCGGGGGCAAUCAAUUAUAUAUUUUUGUAAAAAAAAAUGCGUAAUCAAAUGCGUAAUCUUAAUAAAUCCAUUUAUCUCAUAUCACUCUUUUAAUAACAAGUCAUAAUUGUGUGAAACAUUUAAACUGGUUGACCUUUAUUGUGUUAAAUGUGCAAAAUGUCAUAUGGUAUAACGGCACUCGCUUAAUGUCAAUGAAGAGAAAUGUUAUUAAAAUUAUAAAAGAAUAGUUUUAAAUCUUCACAUUUUCUCUUUGGCAUAUUUUUUCAAGUCUUUAGAUAAAUAGUGCAAAGUCUUUAGAGGAUAGACCAUUUAAAAGCAUAAUUAAUAUUUAAAACACUUCGUUCUAAUGUAAUUCGGUAAAACAAAGAUUGGAGGCCAUUUUGAACUGUAGACUCAUGACUCUUGUCUUGUGGCAUAUGAUGUCAUCACUCAGAGGACCCCUGAACACCACCCAAGUUUUGCUCCUAAAUUCAGUUAAUUUGACCUUUUACAAGGGUCAUACCAUGUGUCACAGAUUUGGGUGUCAUUCGGUCAAACAUGAUAAAAGUGUUAAUAAAGUUGUUGAUUUUCAAAAAAAAAAAAUGUAUAUGACAUUUGAAGUUAAAGAGACAAGGUCAAAGUUAAUGUUGGUAUUAGGUGGCCAAUCUGCUGCCUGUUUGGAAGGAGAAAUUACUAAUUUGUCAUUCGGCAAAACAAAAUUUGUCAGUUGGUAAAACAAUGCCAUAGUUUAUUAAAACGCUUAUAUCUCAACAACAGCGUCACGUAUUGAAACCACAUUUGGUACUUUGACAUUUUACCCUAUUCUGAGGAUGUACCUUGGGACUCAGUCCUGAGGGGGCAAAAUAAAUGGUGACCUUUGACCUUUGAGGGCGCUGGAGCUUAUAAAACUACUUAUAUCUUAACCACACUUUCACGUAUAGAAAACUAAUUUGGCACUUUGACAUGUUACCCUAUUCUGAGGAUGUACCUUGGGACUCAGUCCUGAGGGGGCAACAUAAAUUAUGACCUUUGGGGGCACUAUAGCUUAUAAAAACGCUUAUAUAUCAAGAAUACUUGAAAAACGUAUUGAAAUCAAAUUUGGUAGACCUACUUGGUGCAUCCUCAGAAUAGGGCAAAACAUCCAUCAAUUCCAUGUGUUUUUAUAUUUCAACUGGGUUGAGACUGAGGGUGGGGGGAUUAUUUCUGUGUAAUCAGUUGAACUGUAAUCAGUUUAACAUUUUUAACACAAAUAUGAUUUGUUAUUAAAAGAGUGAUACAUGGAAAUAAACAAUUUACAAAAAAAAAUAAUUAAAUUAGUUGACUCUUUAGGUAAAAAUGUAGGUGCCGCAUCACUGACCCUAUAUUCAUAUUAUUCAAAACAAUGUGAUACGACUGUUGUUUAUUAUUUACUUUCAAACACGUUUGAUAUUAUCGCAAAGUCUUUUUAGUUGUGGCUCAUGCAAAUAGUGACGUGAACAUUUAAAAAACAAUAAUGACCUCGCUCCAACACCAAACAGGAAGGGGCAAAAUAGGCGACAGCUGUAGCCUAUAUGAUUAUUUGUUAUUUAAUUUCUUAUAAAUUAUCAGUCGGCUAUUCUACGUGACAGAACAACUGUAUAUCUGUUAGGGAUGUCACACAUGAAACAAUGCUGUAGAAACACGAAAAAAUGACUGAUAUGAGUAAGCUGUCGUAUAUGAGCUCCUGUUGAUAUGUAGUGCACAAAGGAAAUAAUUUGAAGGAAUCUAAUAGCAAUCUUUUAAAUAGUGACCCACGGUCUUUGCAAAAUCUUAAUCUGAGACUGGCUUGUGACUAGACUGUGACUAGAAACUCGAUGAAUUGUCUUUAGAUGUGAGAGAGUCUGAGACUGCAGUCUUUCAAACUGAGAGUCUGAGACUGCAGCCUUGUCAGUGUAAGGUAGGCUUAAGUAGCCUUUUGUGUCUUUUGUAAUGUUUGACAGUAUCCCAUAACUGUUUCAACCAGUGUCUGAUCAGUGACGGGGCAGCCGUAGGGUACUGGUUAGCGCAUCGGGCUUGUAACCGGAGGGUUGCCGGUUUGAUCCCCGACCAGUCCACCACGGCUGAAGUGCCCUUGAGCAAGGCACCUAACCCCUCACUGCUCCCUGAGUGCCGCUGGUUGGGCAGGCAGCUCACUACUCUGGAUUGUGUGAUUCACCUCACUGUGUGUUCACUGUGUGCUGUGUGUUCACUAAUUCGGUUAAAUUGGGUUAAAUGCAGAGAACUGAAUUUCCCUCACGGGAUCAAAAAAGUAUUCUAUUCUAUUCUAUUCUGAUUGAGAAAUGCUCCAAAAUCUGACAAUUAUAAGGCGGAUUUUACAUACUUGCAAUUUUUUUACGAACAAAUAAUAAUGUAAAAACUAUGAUUUAAAAUAAAAAAAUCUGAUUCAUCAUUAUUGAACCCUUUUAGAUGCAUGAAUUAUCCUAUUUCAGUAUGCCGAUUCAAAAGAAACAACUAGGGAAUUCAAUAGAAGUGGUCAUAUGUAAUUUGGUAAAACAAAAUGUCAUACGGUAAAACAGGGAAUUUAUUCAAAAUUGAAUACAAAAUGUACAGCACGUUAUGAUAAUUGACCUUAGUGCUGCCACUAACGACAAAUUUUCUAACGAUUAAUCUUUCGACUAAUUUUUCGAUUUGUCGACUAAUCUCAACAACUAUUUUUUUUUUUUUAUCAAGUUUUUGUUAUUUUGUUGUGUCCAUUUUAUUUUUUAACUCAACUGAAGGGCCAAAACAUGACAUAUAGCCAUAGAUAUAGAUAUGCUCAUAUCAAUAUCAGCCUACUUUUGAAGACUUUUGAGACACUAUCUGAGACUCUCUCUUCACUUUAUGUAUUGCAAUUUCCACAAUACUAUUAGUCUGAGUCUGGACUAGCCUACUAGCUCAGCUCCCCCCGCUUAGCUCUGACUAUGAAUCGUGCUGAUAGCAGGCAGGCACGCAGGCUAUGCUGCUGGUGUUUAAAACAUUAUUGCCAACGAGUUACUGCCUAAAUUACACAUCAAGUCUAAGUAGCCUGUUGAACAUCCAAAGACAGUCAUUGUGCUUCUCAAGACUUAAUAACAGAAUUAAUAACAUUACAGCCGUUAGAGACGGGAGACCAAAAAUAAAUAGGGGGUCAAUGGCAAAACGAUUAGUCGACUAAAAAAAAUGGCGUCGACUAAUUUUCAUAAUCGAUUAGUUCGAAUACGUCGAUUAAUCGCGGCAGCACUAAUUGACCUACAUGAGAAAGUAAGUGUAUAAAAGGUGAUACAAUAUGAAAUUUGAUGUGAUUUGGCACAUUAUUUUACUUUUUACAGAACAAAUAUUGAAAAAAAAUUGAAAAAAUCUCGACAGGUGGAACACUCAAACCUUAGAAGACAAAAUAUCACAUAAUGAUUUUUUAAUAUGAACAUUUUGCCAUGGAUUCAUUGUAAAUCAACAUGUACAUUAUGAACUAUUUGUGAUUGGGUGAUUAAUAUUUAUUUUAAUAUGUAUUUCAAUAUCUGGAAAUAAUUUUGUUUUACCGAAUUACAUUUUUAUGGUGUGAAUACCUAGCCUAGAAAUCUAGACACACCCUAGCGGGCAAAAAUAUUUUUGCCUAGCGGGAUGGUCUAGGGUCGCACCAUUGAGGCCAAGCCUGCGCUAGGCUCGAGUUCAGCCUAGCCAAUCAGAACGCUCUAUCUGUGUACGGAGUCCUUGAGCCCGCCUUAGCUCACCUUCGGCUUCCGAUAAGACGCCAGGGGGCUGGACCAUGCGUCCUCAUUCGACGAGUUGGGUUUAAGACCGUAUCGCACAACCAUAGCAAAAAACAAAAGAUGGAUGAGGCUAACGAAGCGCGCUCGUUUGAAUCGGCGUUUCAGAGUUACACUUGGGCUUUUCUUUGAAGUUUGAGCAGAAAGAAGCACUCAGGUCAUUCGUUUUAAAGAAGGAUGUAUUUGCCGUUUUGCCGACCGGCUACGAUUGGUCACAAAUGCUGGCCUAUUAGGUGCAGAGGCAGUUUGAAAGACAACUGUUCAUCCCACCCACAGGCUUCAACUCUGUGAAUGGUCCGACCCCAGACUAUACAUAUCUGUGUAGUUUGGCUUGCCAGGCUAGUGAAUACCAUCAAUUGCAAUAAAAAAGGGGAAAGUGAUACUUUUUUGAGGGGGCACAUACAAAAUUAAGAAGUUCACAUCUAAAUCUAUUCAAAACAUUUUCAAACUGGCCUACUGCUACAUUUUUUGUUUUUUGUUGUUUUGAAAUUCUAAAACGUCACUGACUGUGUUUAACAUGAACAAGCCUUUACUUUCAUCUAUUCUUGAGUAGAUUUCCAUAAUGAAGUUGAGGCAAGAUGUAUCAAUUCUACUCUAUUAAAGGUUGGGUAUGGUAUUCACAAGACGGCCGGCAGCCAAAAAAUCACAACUGAAAUAGUCCCUCCCUCCGAAGAACAUGGACGUGCAUACAUGCACGAGCGAGAAUUCAGAUGCGCGAGAGCGAGCCAGGCUAUAGGCACUCUUGAUCUGUAUAAAAUGAAAUGCAAGCCUGGCGUCUGUACAGCACUAGGCCUAUAUGAGCGAGUCUCCAUACAAUCGCUCACAUCAACUUCCUCAAUAGGUUACUUAGCCAACUAGUUUUACAUUCUUUAUUCACCUCCAAAGGGUUGUAGGUAAUAGUUCCACAAAUGACCGAAGGCAGAUGAUUUUAUACAUUAUUGUAAAAGCACCAAUUAGGCUACCGCCCCUUUCGUUCGGAAAUUCUAAAACAAUGAUGUUUUUUAAUACACCAAAAUAACAUUUGAUAAAUUAACCAUACAUUUUUCUGUAGCCAUAUAGUGUAUAUUUGAACAGAAUCUGUUUUGGUUCUUACCGGGACUUUUACCUCCUGAAAUAUCCAAGUUUAGUGCUGGCCCGGUGGUUUGCGUAUUCAUCCACUGGAGCACCAAGUGGUUAAGUUUCGGUUUCAGGUUUACAACACUCUUCGAGUCACGGUAAAAUGUAUUUCUUGCUACAUAGCUUAUUUAUUGCGUGGGUGCUUGAGUUUCCGUAGGAAUCCUCCAUUUUAGUUUGUAUAGAAAUGAAGUGACACAUACAACAAGAGGGGAACAUAGGGGACGUGCAGUAGACAUAGUUGGUUUCGUUUUAGGACUUGCUGUGGGGGAGGGUAAGACCGUUAGCUUGACGAACGAGCGGUGAAAUGAUGAUGGCGGGUUGAGAAUGUAAUUGGCUGGAGUUUUUCGAGCCAUGCCUGUUCCACAGAUGAUUGACGUGUUUAAUUUCCAUUUCAGUGCUUCCAACUCAGUGGCUGUAAGUGGGUUAGGAAUAGGAUUUCGAGUGAUUUUGAAAAAUGGCCAAAAAAGCGAAUUCCAUACCCUACCUUUAACUUCACUGGCAUUGCCAAUGUCUUUGGGUUCAACCAUUGUUUUUGACAAUGUCAUUGAAAUGAAUAAAUGGAAAACAUAAUAAAAUGUUUAGUGUACUGA